ACUGACGUAAUGCUUGGAGUCUGAGGUCCUGUCAAGCGAUAACAUUUCUGAUAAAGAACUAAGAUCACUGCAAACUAACCCUCCUUUUCCAUCCAGACUCGGGCGUUUUAAAUAUUAUACACAGUCACCCUGAUUCCACUUGCACAGGCGAGAUUCGAAAUCUUAUACCCCCUCUAACAAAAAAAGAAAUAAUACCCCGAGAUCAACAAACAAACAACACAAAGACGGUUCAUGGCUUACGCCAAAGCUCCACCAUCUUUCAGACUGCAAAGACUAUUGCAAUUUAAUCAACAGCGCGCGGUUGCGGGGAGAAAAACAUCCUGAGGUGUGCUCCAGUGAAAUCUGUCACCUCCUCUAACUAGACACGUGGAAGAAGUGAUCAACCUUCAGAAACCUGAGAAAGACUCAGCUGAAACGGCAACAGUGACAACCAAAGAAAAAGACAAUGGAAUAAAAGUGUCAGUGGCGUGGACGUGGAAUAAAGGAUAACUCAGUGUUGAACCAGGGCAAGGUCUCUGGAUGUUGUGCCAACUCUGAUAUCUGGCUCCUUGUGGAAUCUGUGCUGAUAAUGCACUAACCCAAUGCACAGCAGAGAUAUGGUGAGGAAAAAGAACCCCCCCUUGAGAAGCUUUGGUGGUGAGGAGGAAGAAGAAGGAGAAGCUCUGGCUGCUGAGGCCACCGGACCCGACAGUGAGGACAGCGCUGGGAGCCGGGCCUCAGAGCCCAACGGUGCUGAUGGGCUGCUGCCGGCCGAACCGGGCCGAGCCCACGUGCCUGUCCUAGAUGAGCAGGAGGACCUGUCCUCCUCUCCCGGCUCUGUCUCGGGCUCCGUAAAGCGGGAUGGAGGAGGGAGGGCUGGUGGAGGAGCGGAAACAGCGGCAACAGUCUGCAGUGACAGGCCUGGCUUUAAUUACCCUAGCCACAAAAAGGGAGGACUUGUAGCGUCCUUCCCAUGCCAUGAAGUGACAGACUCAGAUCUGCCGGCGCUCCCGUCUCGAGCCAGGCCCGACGGGGCUGUGUCUCUGUCUCCGCCCAGAUCAGAACCAGAUGAGGGGGGCGGGGGACAGGCAAACAGCCCGGCAGGGGAUUUGCUGCUGGGAGAGAGAGGGGCAGCGGGGGAGGGAGGAGGCAGAGUGGGUGUCCGGGAGGGGCAACUGGCGCUGGGUGCCCGAGGGAGGGGCUACAGCACUGCCGGCGGCGUCAUCGUCCAGGGUGCCACCAGCAACGGGGAGGACCGGGACCCCCCCUACAGCCCCACAGGGGGGCUAUCAGGCCACAGGGAUGGGAUGGAGGGCUCUGACUACCCCUCGCUCCACCCUCUGCACCCACACAGGGGGUCAGGCGAAGGGGCCGAGGACACCACACCCAGCCCCCUCGGUGCCGACACAGGGGUGGCCCCCCCAUCCUCUCCCAAACUGCAGGACUUUAAGUGCAACAUCUGCGGGUAUGGUUACUACGGGAACGACCCCACAGACCUGAUCAAACACUUCCGUAAGUACCACCUGGGCCUGCACAACCGCACGCGGCAGGACGUGGAGCUGGACACCAAGAUCCUGGCCCUGCACAACAUGGUGGGCCUCUGCCCACAGACCCACCACGCCAAAGACGCAACGCGGCCCCCGUCUCACGCCGCCCUCUCCGGGGCCUCACAGGACGCUACGGGGUCCCCGCGGCUGUUACUCAACGGGACCUACGACGUGCAGGUGACAUUGGGGGGCACUUUCAUCGGCAUCGGGCGGAAGACUCCGGACUGUCAGGGAAAUACAAAGUACUUCCGCUGCAAGUUCUGCAACUUCACGUACAUGGGCAGCUCCUCUUUAGAGCUGGAGCAGCACUUCCUCUCUUCUCACCCCAACAAGAUGAAGUCCCACGGCCCGCAGCCGCCCAGCGACGACAAGGCCUCCGACAGGAAGGCUAACUGUGUGACACGGGCCGUCGGGAUGGAGCUGGUGGAGUCGGGAAAGUGGGCGGACCGGGUGGCGGUCCGUGCGGAGGACGACUCGGUGGCUGGCUACUCUGUCCCUGUCCGCACCCCCGACUCCCCUGGCUGGACAGGGGCCGACGGCAGCACCCCAGUGGGCGCGUAUUACUGGUGCAGGUACUGCAGCUUCAGCUGCGAGUCGCCCAGCCCGCAACGCCUCCUGGAGCACUAUGAGAGGAGGCACAACCAGCCUGGAGAGGGAGGAGGGGGGGGCACCAGGGAGGGCAGCCCGGCCGACAGGGAGCGGGGGAGCGGCAAGGCCAGAGACGGGGAGAGAGAUCCCCACAGCCGCAGGAAAGACAAAGCGGGAAGCGUCGGCGCUGCAGACCCGGAGACGGUGGUGACCAGCUACAACUGCCAGUUCUGCGACUUCCGCUACUCCAUGAACCACGGGCCCGAGGUGAUCGUGGUGGCACCACUGCUCCGCCACUACCAGCAGGCCCACAGCAUCCACAAGUGCACCAUCAAGCAUUGCCCGUUCUGCCCGCGCGGCCUCUGCAGCCCCGAGAAGCACCUGGGAGAGAUCUCUUACCCGUUUGCAUGCAGGAAGAGCGCCUGCUCCCACUGUGCCCUCCUCCUCCUCCAGCUGUCUCCUCAGCGCAGCUCCCCGUCGCCCAGGCCCGGUGUCACCCACCUUUGCGACCAGUGCCCCUACGCCACCGGCGACAUAGACCUCCUGCUGCUGCACUACGACAGUGCCCACGCCACCCACGGCGUGCUGGAGGUCAAGCCUGAGGAGGAGGGAACCGAGACAGGGAGGAACCCGGGCGCCAAAGUCCCGAUCGGGGAGCACUCGUGCACCAAGUGCCAUUUCAUCACGGACGUGGAGGAGGAAAUCUUCCGUCAUUACAGGAGGAUUCACGGCUGUUGCCGGUGUCGCCACUGCAGCUUCACGGCUUCGGACACCUCGGGCCUGCUGGACCACUUCAACACGGCCCACUGCCAGGACUCCUCCUCCGCCUCCUUCCAUCCCUCCGCGAGCGUCAACGGCUGCUCUGCCACCACCCCCUCCACCCUCAGCAUCAAGGAGGAGAGCAAGGGGGACCUCAAGCUCUACAGCCUGGUCCUGCCGGAGGGCCACGCCGCCGAGGCGGGCCCCGGGGCAGAGGGCGUGAAGAGCGAGUCCCUGGACGUGAAGGAGGCCCAGGGACCCAGGGAUAGCCAGGCCCAAGCAGCGGGCCUGGUGUGGGUGCCCAAGGAGCGGGCCGGAGACAUCCUGAGGGGAAGUCCCGCCCAGUUCCCCCCGGGCGCGCUCAGUCUGCUCAACGCCGUGGCCGCCUCUCAGGAGCAGCAUCACCCGCAGCAGAAGGGGGGUUUGUCGGCACUCAGGGACUCCCCCGGCCUCGUGUUCAGCCUGGCGGGGGUCGACUCCAAGGCCUUCCUGUCAGGACAGCCCCCCGGCGGGGCUGACAAGUCUGGACAUCUGACGCAGCAGUACCCCUCGCCCACUGAGGGAAAGGCCGCCAAGGAGGAGUCCCAGUCGCUCCUACGGAGACGUCGAGGUUCGGGGGUGUUCUGUGCCAACUGCCUGACCACCAAGACCUCGUUGUGGAGGAAGAACGCCAACGGGGGAUAUGUAUGCAACGCAUGUGGCCUCUAUCAGAAGCUCCACUCGACUCCCCGGCCACUGAACAUCAUCAAGCAGAACAACGGCGAGCAGAUAAUCCGCAGGCGCACGCGGAAGCGUCUCAAUCCUGACACGAUGCCCUCUGACCCCGUGGGGUCCAAGCAGCAGCGGGUCAACAGCGAGGAGCGCCUCAACGGCAGUCCCCUGGAGCGCCGGCCGGGGGAGGAUGGACCGGGCUCGGAUGGAGGGCCCAUGCUGCGCGGGGCGGAGCCCCAGAACGCCCUGGGCAAAUACGAGACGUACAGCUCCUCGGGGGCCAAGGGUCACCCCAGUCCCCGCUCUACCCACGCCUUCCUGGUCAGCCAGACCCUUGAGAUUCACAAGCGCAUGCCUCCCUUACACACGCACAACAAGAACCCUGCGGAGGGCGGGGCAGAGGGCAACGGGGUGGGGUCAGCCGGGGUUCAGCACACAGGCUCGGAAGGGAAGGGCGGCUCCGCCUCCGAGAGGGGCAGCCCCAUCGAGAAGUACAUGCGUCCCUCCAAGCAGGCCAGUUACUCGCCACCGGGCAGCCCCAUCGAGAAGUACCAGUACCCAUUCUUCAGCCUGCCCUUCAUCCACAACGACCUGCAGAACGAGGCCGACUGGCUUCGCUUCUGGACUAAGUACAAGAUGUCUGUGCCGGGCAACCCACACUACCUAGGCCACAUGCCAAACCCUUGCCAAAGCUUUGUGCCUUACCCAACAUUCAUUCAUCCCCCACAUUUCCCUCCGCCAGCCCUCGCCGGCCCAGAGAGCGACAUUCCUCUCGACCUGGCUAUCAAACAUUCCAAACCGGGCCCCACCGCCAACGGCUCCCCAGCCGCCGCCACCAAGGAGCGGAGUAGUAGCGCCGACAGGCGGGCCCACCCCGCGGCCCCGGGGGAGACCGACCAAGCCGGGCAGCAGGACGGAGGAGAGGAGGAGGAGGAGGAGGAGGAGACGGUAGACGAGGGGACACUCCGGCCAGCGCCUCCUCCCCCUGUCGCCCCGGCCAAGCUGGCCCGCGUGGACCAGGGCACUCAGGACGAGCUGACCAGUAGGUGCGCCCACUGUGGCAUCGUGUUCCUGGACGAGGUCAUGUACGCUCUGCACAUGAGCUGCCAUGCCGAUGGAGGGCCUUUCCAGUGUAGCAUCUGUCUACACGCCUGCGCCGACAAGUAUGACUUCACCACGCACAUACAGAGAGGGCUCCACCGUCCUGCCGCCGAGGCCCACGCCGCGGCCGACACUGGGGCCGACGGUUCGGCGAACUGCGUGUGAUUUCUGGUGCGCCACAGACUUCUAGCACAAGCAUAGCAGUAUGAAAAAGAUCAAAAGAUACUCAGCGGACAAAAAGCACCGUACUGUAAUGAUUGAAUGGGAAGAAAAUGUUUUGCUAAUCGUGCCAUGAUAGCUUCUGUGCCUCCACAAGCCUGUGUAGGGAACUAAUAUAAUCUAAACAUUUAUAUCGGACGUAAUACAGAAAAAGCGAUUUGCUGUUUGCUUUUUUUCUUCUUUUUUUUUUUUUUAAGGUUGAUGCUUUUGAAGAAAAUGGUACUAUAAGUAGCCGCUUGUCUUUGUUUUUUAUUGCCAUUGUUUAUUUUUUUAUUCAGAAUUGUUACUAUGACAAGGCAUUUCAGCGAACAACAUAAUAUAUCUGCACAUGUUUUUGGGAUGUUUGUUACGCAGUGUUGGUUGUUCUACUCGUCAAUGUUCUCUUACCUGGUUGGUUCAGUGCUCUGCACGCAAUGAGGAUGUGUGAAUUGAUAUGUAAAAUGUUGAGUUCGAAAGCCGUUGGUGGUCUCAUAAUCUCAUCCAUGGUGGAGGAGUUGGAGAGAUGGCAAGGGAUUGGAUGGUCCUCAAAUGAACGUCCUCAGGGAACGUGUGUGACUGAGACAGAAAGAGCCGGCGGUGGUUUCAGUCACAUUGGCCUCCGCUUAACAUCCAACUGAGUGUCUUAUGUUUUAAUGUAUAAUAGUUAUGGGUGCCGUUAAUUUUGAUUAUUGUUUUUG